GGGGAGCUGCAGCAGCAGCAUCUCUUUGAAAUAACCUCUGCAGCCCGGAUUUCGCAACCACGUUUCCUCGCGAGUAAAUCGCAUCGACUUCGACUUGUAGGGGACUGGGUGCUUCUCGAGGCGUGGUGGAUUUCAAGACGCUUCUAUUUUACCUUGGUGCCAAGUCCUCUCUUUCCCAAAGUGUAUUAUGAAAGGAAUUCCAUUAAUGUCAGCCAAAAGUAGCCGAAGGGUCCCGGAUCUAAGAUAAGAAUACUACUAAUGAUAAUAUUAAUAACCUUCUUAAUAUUAACCUUGAUAUUAAAAUUAAUUUGAGUCCUCCAUUAUCUUUGUGGAUAGUGCUGAACUCAGUUGAAUUGUUCGAAAUAUUUGAUCAACGGUAUGACAUUCUGGAAAUUUAUUCUACCCAUCCGUUUGAUCCUGCUUGCUCUCCUAAUUUAACCAAAAGUACAGUAGGAGAGAGUUUUUGGACGGCAGUCACAGCUUAUUGCUUACAGCUUCAAGUGCCGCGAAAUGUUUCCCAACUAUUUCAAUGAAAAAUUUCCAUGAAUUGUCUGUCUUUAGAAAUGAACCGGUCGGUCUCUGUUUCACUGGGAAAUUUCUGGAGAAGCAUCUGAAAGUUUUUAAUGACAAAUUCCCUCAAGUUACCGGGUUUUAAGAAUCAACUUCUGAUCUCAGAAAAUAGGUUGUAUUGAUUUGAAUGGAGUUUAUUCCCCAUGUCAAGACUGCAGACUUUUGGCAACCUUAUACGCUUCCCAGGAGAAAAUUCCAUUGAAUUUGUUCUUUCUACAGAUCCGUGCAUCAGUUUGCAAGUUUAAACUUUUGCUUCAUGUAGGCUUACUUUGAAGUAAACUCAAAGCAGCAGCAGGGGGGUCCGCGGCCUGGAACAUGGCAGAUUCUGAAGAAGGCUUCGGGCUCCCAGCCACGCCGGUAGAUCCCGACAGCAAGGAACUGGCGAGCGAAGGCAAGGCCGAGGGGCAGCUGGGGGGAGCCAGCAGCAAGCAGCCCUCCUCGCCCCAGGCUGCCUUCACGCAACAGGGCAUGGAAGGAAUCAAAGUGUUUUUACACGAACGAGAAUUAUGGCUCAAAUUUCACGACGUGGGGACCGAAAUGAUUAUCACCAAAGCUGGAAGGCGAAUGUUUCCCAGCUACAAAGUGAAAGUCACAGGACUCAACCCCAAAACAAAGUACAUUCUGUUGAUGGAUAUUGUCCCGUCCGAUGAUCACAGAUACAAAUUUGCAGAUAACAAAUGGUCAGUGACAGGAAAAGCGGAACCUGCCAUGCCGGGGAGAUUAUACGUCCACCCUGACUCGCCAGCUACUGGGGCGCACUGGAUGCGGCAGCUGGUUUCCUUCCAAAAGCUCAAGCUGACGAACAAUCAUCUCGAUCCAUUUGGCCAUAUCAUUCUCAACUCCAUGCACAAAUACCAGCCCCGGCUCCAUAUCGUCAAAGCGGACGAGAACAACGGCUUCGGCUCCAAAAACACUGCCUUCUGCACCCACGUCUUUCCGGAGACGGCUUUUAUCGCAGUGACCUCCUACCAGAAUCACAAGAUCACCCAGCUCAAGAUCGAGAACAACCCUUUUGCAAAAGGAUUUCGAGGCAGCGAUGAUAUGGAGCUGCACAGAAUGUCCAGGAUGCAAAGCAAAGAGUAUCCAGUGGUUCCCAGGAGCACGGUCCGGCAGAAAGUGACCUCCAACCACAGCCCCUUCAGUGGCGAGGCACGGGCGCUGUCCGCCUCGUCUAACCUCGGGUCUCAGUUCCAGUGCGAAAACGGCGUCUCCAGCACCUCCCAGGACUUGCUGCCGCCUGCCAACCCGUACCCCGUCCCGCAGGAGCACAGCCAGAUUUACCACUGCACCAAGAGAAAAGGAAAAGAAAGAGAAGAAAAUUCCACUGAGUUUCCAAGGCAAGAGAAGGAGGGAGAACAUGAGGAAUGUCCUCCCACGGAGCACCCAUACAAGAAGCCCUACAUGGAAACGUCUCCUCCGGAGGACGACUCCUUCUAUCGCUCCAGCUACUCCCAGCAGCCGGGGCUGAACACCAGCGCCUACAGGACUGAGUCGGCUCAGCGCCAGGCCUGCAUGUACGCCAGCUCCACCCCCGCCACGGAGCCAGUGCCCAGCCUGGAAGACAUCAGCUGCAACACCUGGCCCGCCGUGCCGCCCUACAGCAGCUGCACGGGGGCCAGCAUGCAGCCCAUGGACCGGCUCCCCUACCAGCACUUCUCGGCCCAUUUCACCUCCGGCCCCCUGAUGCCCCGGCUCGCCACCGUCGCCAACCACCCCUCGCCGCAGAUCGGGGACACGCACGUCAUGUUCCAGCACCAGGCCUCCGUUCCCCACCAGCCCAUCAUUCGGCAGUGUGGCCCGCAAGCAAGCCUGCAGUCACCCCCCAGCAGCCUACAGCCGGCCGAGUUCCUCUAUUCCCACGGGGUGCCCCGGACCCUGUCCCCACACCAGUACCAUCCCGUGCACGGGGUGGGCAUGGUGCCGGAAUGGAGUGAGAACAGCUAACAAGUCACUCGGGAGAAUUCCCGGGCUGAGCUUGCGGGGUGCGUGUGGGACCCUCGCCUCGAGAGCAGAGGGCUUUGCAAGACUCCUUCAACUGAAUGUUCCUGCGCAAGCACUCGAGAGAUGGACAGUGCCUAACCUCUGGGCAGACCAUGGUAUUGUAUCCCCCCCGUGUUUGCUCCACGAGGCCAUCAGCGACGCAACCCAUGCCUCUGCCCUGGCGCCCGGCCCUCCCACGCCCCCCCGCAGUCAGACCCAGCCGCCCACGUGGGCCCUCAUUUUCUUUUUUCAUGUGGUUUGGUUUUUCAGGUGGAUCACGGGAGUUUUGCCUCCUUUCUUAACACAGGGGGAGCGCUCAUACAAAAUACUUUGUGCUUUCUCUUCUUUUCUCCCCCCACCCUUCUUUUUGGUGUUGAUAUUGACAUUGUUAUAUAAUAAAUGAUAAUAUAUAUCUAUAUCUAUCUAUCUAUA